AUGAAUUUACCAAAUUUAAAAGAGUCGAUAAUUACGAGCUAUUGGGACACUCGACCGCCUACGGAAGACCAAGUGUUGCAUUUCCCAGAAGAGAACGAUCCUUCACGGUCUUCUCAGUCUUCCCUAUAUACCCUGAUAUCCGGAGUGACCUCUGUUGCAAGCGAAGUGUCGUCUUACUGGGCAAAGAAACUCUAUGCAACCGUAGUAUGUCCUCAGGAUCCUAUAUCACAAUGCAAGCGCGUUAUGAAACAUGCGACCAAAUUUGAGGACUGGGCUUAUGGUGCAACAAGUCUUGAUAUUCAUGAAGGCAAGGAGCAGUGGAAAAACGAGGAGGAGUCUCCUGAUUAUGACUAUAAACUAUUGAAGGCUAGACGUGCCGAACUGCAACAAGUUCGUAAAUCCGGCGAUUUAUCUGCCAUGGUUUUCAAGCUUAGAACGUCUUUAUCAAGGAAUCUCGGAGACAUGGGACAACCAAAGUUAUAUGCACACACGCACAUAGGCACCAAAAGACUUAUAGAAGCGUAUAUUAACGAAGUUGCGAAGCUAUUGAAUAGAAUUUGUAAACUAGAAUCUGACGACAUAACCCCUAAGGAAAAGCUAGAAGUUAUCACUAAUACGCGACAAUCGUUUGGGCGAACUGCUCUUCUAUUGAGUGGAGGGGCAACGUUUGGACUUGCUCACAUUGGUGUCAUAAAGUGUUUAUACGAAGUCAAGCUGUUGCCGCGUAUUAUCUCUGGAGCGUCCAGUGGAUCGAUUAUAGCUGCAUUUCUUUGCACGAAAACUGAUGAUGAAAUUCCAACGUGGUUUUAUGAGAUGCAGAAUUUGGAUUUUGAGGUAUUUGAUAAAAAAGAUCGACCAGAUACAUUAUAUACGAGACUUUGUCGAUUGUUUAAACGAGGCGUAUUAUAUGACGGUGAUGUUCUGAUAGAAUGGAUGCGCAAGAAUGUUGGGGAUAUGACUUUUCAGGAAGCAUUUAAUCGCACUCGACGUAUUCUAAACGUUACUGUCAGUUCUGCCAGUGUCUAUGAGAUGCCGCGACUUCUCAAUUAUUUGACCGCACCAAAUGUGCUAAUUUGGUCUGCUGUGGCUGCAUCAUGCUCUGUGCCAUUCAUCUAUGGUUCGACACCAUUGAUGGCAAAAGAUAAAACAGGGAAGAUUGCACUUUGGAAUCCAUCUGGUCACACAUGGAUCGAUGGUUCUGUUGAAAACGACCUUCCAAUGAAUAAGUUGUCUGAGUUAUUCAACGUUAAUCAUUUUAUCGUCAGUCAAGUCAAUCCCCAUGUUGUCCCAUUUCUUCAAACGAAGCUUAUUCCCUCAGCAAUAAAUCGUAUGGUCAGUUGGUUCAUUUUCCUUGCUGUUUCUGAAAUACAACACAGAUUGAACCAGUUAAGCGAACUUGGAAUCACAGGAAGUUUAAUAUAUCGAAUACAAGCUAUUGUAUCCCAACGAUAUGUUGGUGAUAUUACCAUAGUACCGCAAAUAGCAUAUACCGAUUUCUUGAAUCUUCUCACUAAUCCUACACCGGAAAUACUAAAAGAUGCAACGUUAAGAGGUGAAAGGGCUACAUGGCCGAAAAUUUCGAUUAUUCGUAAUCAUUGUCAAAUCGAGUUAUGUCUUGACUCGGCUGUGAUUGCACUGCGGGAGCAGGUGUUGAGUUUAGCUGUCUCCCCAAGUGAGUCAGGAGGACUAGAUAGUUUGGAUUUGGAGACUCCCGGAAAUGCCAAUGAACCAGAAAAAUUUAUACGUCGUGAGCAACGACGUAAGAUUCGGCCUCUAUCUACUACGGAUGAAUUCUGA